AUGGUAGCUAUCGAGGUGAUGGCCAAACAUGAAGGCGAUGACAGCCGUGGUGAUGAUGACAGCCGUGAAGGUGAUGGUGAUGUAAGCCGUGAAGGUGAUGGUGAUGCAAGCCGUGAAGAUGGUGAUGGAAGCCGUGAAGAUGGUGAUGGAAGUCGUGAAGGUGAUGGAAGCCGUGAAGAUGAUGGAAGCCGUGAAGAUGAUGGAAGCCGUGAAGAUGAUGGAAGCCGUGAAGAUGAUGGAAGCCGUGAAGAUGAUGGAAGCCGUGAAGAUGAUGGAAGCCGUGAAGAUGAUGGAAGCCGUGAAGAUGAUGGUGAUGCAAGCCGUGAAGGUGAUGGUGAUGCAAGCCGUGAAGAUGAUGAAAGCCGUGAAGAUGAUGGAAGCCGUGAAGAUGGUGAUGGAAGCCGUGAAGGUGAUGGAAACCAUAAAAAAGAUAGCACCUGUGGAGGUAUAUUAGCUGUGAUGGUGAUGGCAGCAGUGAAAAUGAUGGCAGUUGUAAAGGUAACUAUCGAGGAAAGGGUUAUCAAUCAAUAA